AUGCCUUUGGCGGCUUUGCAGAAUUACCGUAGAGAGCAAGCUUAUCUCAGACUCCCCAAGCAGUGCCCCUGCUCAAUGCGGCUGACCGCGAGGCCACUUCUUUUUCGAUGCAUCUACCACGCUCUCAUUAUGGGUUCCCAGAAGAAAAUACUUACGGACAUGACCGAUCUCCUGUUCGUCGAGAAUCUCGGCUUCACGCGCCCAUUGCCCUCUAUCUGCUCGGCCCUACAGUUCGGGAGGGCUGGAGACACCAGGGCUAUGCACGCUUUCCAGGCCUGCUUCUAG